AUGGCUAUUUUCAAUAUAGAAAUGCACAAUCGUGUAAUUUGCCAUUUGGAGAAUUCUCAUAUUAUAAUAUCAUCAGAAAACGAAUGGUUUAAGCAAUGUGUGGAUUUCUUCAUGUCAGAUAAUCCAAAUUGUGAUGCAAAAGAUUUAUCCGCAAUGGUGGUUGAACAAUUAAGUUUAUCUGAUUUUCAAGAAAUUGCAUUGUUUAGUUUACCAGCCAAUUUAAAUAAUUGUGAAAAAAAAGUUUUGACUGGAAAAUAUUGCCUUCAGGUGAACACCAUUCUUGAUGUUGGCCAAUCGUGUUAUUCACAAUAUAAUAUAUUAGUAAAAAAAGACACUAGUAAUACUGAAAUUAGUGAUAAUAAACCAGCCCCCUGGGAACCUAAAUCACAUAGAAUGUUAAAAAUGAUGUGUUCCGAUGGUCAACAGGAUAUAGUGGCUAUGGAAUAUGAGCCAUUACAAUGUCUUAAAGAGCCGUUUAUACCUGGCUUCAAAAUUGUGGUUGUUGGACCAGUUGAAUAUAGAAAAGGAGUGUUACUAUUAAAAUCUAGUAAUGUACACUUCAUUGGCGGCGAGGUCGAACAUUUAUUAAUAAAAAAUGCACCAUUAAAUGUUUUAUGUAGAGCCCUAAACAAACCUGAAUUAGAAAAUCCGUACAUGUUUUCAAAUAUUGAAGUUGAAAAUGCUGUUAUGGAAGUACCUGAACCACGUGAUAUUAUUCCACCGAGACAAAUAGAAAAUGUUUCCACAGUUGGUAUAAGAGAACAAAACUCAUUAAUACACCCAACUCGCACAAAUCAAAAUAAUAAUAGCAACCGUACUGGAAGUGAAAUUAUUACAUAUGACGAUUUUUUUGAUGGAGAUGAUGAUUUGUUAUACCUGACUCAAGUGGCAGAAAUUGAAACAAGACUCACUCAAUCCGAUAAUGUUACAAACUCGGUACCACCAUUACAAACAUUUGAUACACACCAACAUAAUACCAAAGUCAAUACAACUACAAUUUCAGUUCCUAAAAAUAAUAACAUAGCAAAUAAGAAGCCAGCAGUUACUGCGAGACAGACUAAAAUAUCUGAUAUGUUAGGUCCAAGUACUUCAACAGCAUACAAAAGUUCUGUAGCUGAACCAAUUAGGUGUCCAAAUGAUAGGACAAUAGAAAACAAUAGCAUGAAUAUCAAACAAAUAUCAGGGAAACGUAACGCUAGUUCACCAGUAUACACAGAAACUAAAAGGCCAUCAAUGGAACUGCACAGAUCAGAGGAUGAUUGGGGUGAUAUUGAUGUUUCAAACCCAUUGAUUAAAGUCCUAAAUUCUGCUUCUAUUGUAAAGAACUCAAAAAUACAAGUGAAACAAAAUGAAUGGAUAUGUUCUGGUAUCAUGAUGGAUGAAUCAAAACAUGAAGAAGUUGAGUUCUCAUCAGAAGUAUUGGAACGUUUAAUUGGAAUUUCAUCCGAAGAAGUUCUUCAGUUAAAAAAUAAUCCUUUAAACUGUGCCCCACUAAAAGAAAAAAUUGAAAAAGGAAUUAAAGGGGCAUAUAGAAAAUUGCACUUAUUCAAAGGUAAGAUAACUUUGACAUAUUCAUUAGAUGGGAAAAAAAAACCAACUAUUACAGACAUGGAAUUAAUAUAA